GCCUGUUUUUUCUCUUCCGGUCUUCUGUGGUAAACGGAGGCUCGAGAGGCCGCGGCUCGUCAAAGCGCAAACUGUUGCACAUUUUCCCGUCAGAGUGGAGAAAGAGAGAGCGCCACUGUCCCCGGGCACGCACCUCCACCCGCCCCGGGCACGCACCUCCACCCGCCGGCACACGAAGCGGAGCAGCCCGGCUGCCGCCCCGCACACCCGGGCACGAUGUCUCUGGUGGACUUGGGGAAGCGGCUGCUGGAUGCGGCUAGAAAAGGUCACGACGAUGAGGUCAGGAAUCUGAUGGCUAACGGAGCGCCGUUCACCACGGACUGGCUGGGGACGUCCCCGCUCCACCUGGCGGCGCAGCACGGCCACUACUCCACCGCCGACGUCCUGCUGAGAGCGGGCGUCAGCCGGGACGCCCGCACCAAGGUGGACCGCACGCCGCUGCACAUGGCGGCCGCCGAGGGACACACGGUCAUCGUGGAGCUGCUGGUCCGGAGCGGCGCCGACAUCAACGCCAAGGACAUGCUGAAGAUGACGGCGCUGCACUGGGCGGCGCAGCACGGCCACCAGGGCGUGGCCGAGGCGCUCAUCAAGCACGGCGCCGACGUGCACGCCCUCAGCAAGUUCGACAAGACGCCCUUCGACAUCGCCGCCGACAUCCAGAACACCGAGCUCAUGCUGCUGCUGCAGGAGGGCAUGCAGAACCAGGUGAACAUGAACCAGGUGAGCGUCAACAUGGAGGGCGGCGGUUCCACCACCCAGCCUCAGUUCAUCAUCCAGGGGAUCCCUGCCAUCCAGGGGGGCGUGGUCAACCUGGCGGAGCUGCUCAACAAGGCCAACACAGGAGACUCGGAGGAGGCGAUGGCGGCGAGCGCCCUGGACUCCAACAUCCAGCACGCCGCCGUGGUCAACGAGGGGGGUCAGCGGGUCAUCACCAUAGUAACCGACCAGCACGGCAACCUGCAGACCGCCGGCGGCAUGACGCAGCCCUUCUUCGUCACCAUGCAGCACGGACAGCAGAUGCUGGCGGUGCCGGCCAACACGGUGACGGAGGAGGUGGUGACGGAGGAGCCGACGCCGCCGCCGUCCAGGAAGAGGAAGCUGGAGGUGACCAACAACCACAGCGAGACGGGAGAGACGGAGCUGCUGCAGCGCCAGCUGCAGGAGGCCAACCGGAAGGCGCAGGAGUACCGGCAGCAGCUGCUGCGGAAGGAGCAGGAGGCGGAGGAGUACCGCAUGAAGCUGGAGGCCAUGGCCCAGAGCCGCGCCGCCGCCGCCGCCGCCAGCCCCGACGAGGUGGUGGGCGGCGACGAGGACGAGGAGGAGGCGGCCGGCGGCGUGGUGGAGGAGGAGGGAGAGAUGGUGGUGCUGCAGGGCGGGGGCAUCAUCAUGGAGGGGGAGGAGGGCCAGGUGACGCUGGUGGAGGCGGGAGGAGAGGCGACGGAGGUCAGCUCCUAGCCCCGCCCCGUCAGCUCUUAGCCCCGCCCCCUGGGCAGCCCUGAGACUCAGCCAUGGAGGGCGUCAGUGCGGGCAGGUGGAGUCUUCGGGGAAGCAGGAUGUUUUCUUGCGGGGGGGGGGGGGGGGGGGGGGGGCUGACUGGACCGAGGAGCCGUUGUGGAUCUUCUGCUCCACCAGGUGGAUCAUGGGAGAUGUGCUUCAGUUUGAGUUCAUGCUAGUUUUGGUUACUUUUUCCUGACGGGCCACAUGGCAGGAGGGGACCGGGGG